UCCCAUCGAAAGGUCUUUCCAGCGAUGUUGGGUAAAACUCUUCCAGCGGAGAUACAGUGCGCAUUCGCUUAAUCAAAAAUAUCAUGGACUUAUAAUUGAACUGCUGUUAAUGUUUGCUUAUCUCAGUAUAUUCGUAACGAUGUAUUUGUAUAAAGGCAAGAUCUCUUGUUACCGCUUUUUAAUUAUCAGUUAGCUGGCAGAAGUGCAUACGUUUAUAAACUGUUUUUGCCGCUGAUUGACAACUUCAAUACCACUUUGCCACGCCAUUAGGCAUUAAGCGAUCAAAACAAAUAUUACAUAUUCCAUUUAGAUUAGCUGGUUUGAAAGAUGUUCCAUACAUUUUCAACGGGUAUUGUUAUAUUUUAAAUUUGGUCUUGCAGUUUCAAAAGGCUAAGGAAUACCUUACAUAAAUCUAAAAGAUAACAAGUUCAGCGUGCUGUUAAGUCUGUUAUCAGCUAUUCCAAGGGCUGUUAGCGCAAUCAGCUGUUCGGGAACCGAGUAUAUUCUAGCUGGCAACGUAAACAGAAAAUAUAUCUUACUGAGAACCUGGCCACAAAUUGAUCGAUCGCCAUUAGUCAUCUUGCCGCUGCACGCACACCAUGCUGAAGGCCGUUAUCCUGAUCGGCGGUCCCCAGAAGGGCACCCGCUUCCGCCCCCUUUCGCUGGACACGCCCAAGCCGCUCUUCCCACUGGCCGGUCGUCCACUAAUCGCCCAUCAUAUAGAGGCCUGUGCCCAGCUGCCCGAUCUCCGCGAGAUCCUGAUCAUCGGCUACUAUCCGCAGACCCAAAUGGAGGGUUUCGUGGGCGACAUGCAGGCCCUGUACAGCAGCAGCAACAUCAACAUCAGGUACCUUCAGGAGUUCACUGCCUUGGGAACUGCAGGCGGAAUGUACCACUUCCGGGAUCAGAUUAGAGCUGGCAAUCCCAGAGCCUUCUUUGUAUUAAACGGAGAUGUAUGCGCUGAUUUUCCGCUGCAGGAACUGUGCGACUUUCACGAGAAGCGUCCUGCGAGUGCUCUGGUCACCAUCAUGUCUACGGAGGCAACACGUCAGCAAUCCUUGCAUUACGGUUGUCUGGUUUUUGAUCGCAGUAGCGGAGCUGUCUCGCAUUAUGUAGAAAAGCCCAGCUCCUAUGUGUCCACCUUUAUCAACUGUGGGGUGUAUGUCUGCUCCAUGGAUAUAUUCACGGUGUUGGCACAGAUCUUUCACUCGAGAGGUCAGGACUAUAGCUGCCAGGCAUUUUGCAAUGGAAACGGAAAUGGAAAUGGACGAGAGCAGGGGCACAUCAAGUGGGAACAGGAGGUGCUCACGCCCCUGGCUGGAACCGAUAAGCUCUUUGCCAUGCCAGUGCCCAAUUGGUGGUCCCAGCUGAAGACCGCUGGAUCAGCAAUCUACGCCAAUCGUCAUUACUUAGGCCUGUACAAGAAAACGCAUCCCGAGAGAUUGGCCAACGUGGGGACCAAACGCGGAGAGGGCGACGGCAGCUUGAUCUGCACAGUGCUUCCGGACGUCUACGUUCAUCCCAGUGCCACUGUUCAUCACAGCGCAGUGCUGGGGCCCAAUGUGGCGAUUGGACCUGGAGUAACGAUUGGACCAGGUGUGCGCAUUCGUGAAUCGAUUGUUUUGGAGCAGGCGCAGAUCCUGGACCAUACGCUCGUGCUGCACUCGAUUGUGGGCAGAGGUUCCACCAUUGGAGCUUGGGCUCGAGUCGAGGGCACACCCAGCGAUCCGGAUCCCAACAAGCCCUUUGCCAAAAUGGAGAACCCACCUCUGUUCAACAACGAGGGCAAGCUGAACCCCUCGAUCACCAUACUGGGCUGUUUCGUGCAGGUGCCCGCCGAGAAAAUCUUGCUGAACAGCAUUGUAUUGCCGCACAAGGAGCUCAGUCGCAGCUUCAAAAACGAGAUCAUCUUGUGAUCUAUUUUCUAUUUGAUCUAUUGAUCUAUUUUCUUCGCUCUUUGUCCCUAUCAGUAUGCCAUUUUAUAUGUUUAUAUUGAGCCAUAUUCCAAAAAACUACAUAUUAAAUGUG